AUGAAAAAGGAGAAGAAGUAAAAAUAGAUAUAGAAAACUAUGAGAUAGAUGAUAUUUCAGACCUUAAUGAUUAAAAUGAUUCAUUAGAAGAAGGUAAUUCAUUAUUUGAUCCAAAUCAUUAAUUUAUUUUAAUAAAUGUAAAUGUUUAAAUUUUAAGAAAAAAAGAAUUACAAAGACUUAUUAUUAUUGAUAUUUACAAUCAUAAGAUAUAAAAAUUAUUAUUAAGAUCUAAUUUUUUAGGAGAUACAAAUCCAUAAUUUUCUAAAGAUGGUAAUUUUGGCAUUAAUAAAUAUUAUAAAUGAUAGCAAAUAAUUAAUGUCAAAAUGGUUGUUUUUGGAUCUUAAAAAUAGAAUUUAAAAAGUUUUAUACUUUUCAAAUAAUUAACCAAUUUUAAGAAUAGAAUAUGAUGAUUAAUCUAAUUUUUUUUUAUAUGACACAUUUAGAUUCAAUAUAUUAAUACCAUUUAAUUUUAAAAAAUUACAACAUCGAUAAAUCAAAAAGAUAGAAAUAUAAAAUUAAUUCAAAAUCCUAUUAAUUUCUUGA